CAGAUCUGGACUUGACGGUUUUGGUUCAGGAAGUUGACAUUAUGAACACAGAUAUAACAGACUGAAACCAUGUAGCCUACUGUAUACAAUAGGAUAGCCUUAAAUCCUACCGCGAUCAAAUUACUGCACCUAUAGGCCUACUCAAAUCAUGUGAUUAGUGUUGAUGCCCGUUAAAAAUACGUGGAUUACAAGAUGAAUAAGCAAAUCACAUCGAGCACAUACAUCCGCAAACUAAAUUUUUCAAUACUUCGUAAACUGUCCGACUUUUUAGACCCCGACGACAGAUGGAAAGAGGUCAUCGUGUUGAUAAUGAAGCCCAGCGGGGAGCCGAGAUACACGCAGAUCGAAGUCAGGAGGUUUGCGUCCCUUGCAAAGCAGGGGGAGAGCCCCACAAUUGAUUUCUUGACUAAUUGGGGGACCACCAACGCCACGGUGGGUGAGCUGGUGGAUAUUUUGAAGAGCAAUAAGUUACUCGCAGCUGCUGCGUUGCUCCUUCCAGAGCCUGUAUCAGAAGUGCUGCCACAAGCUGAGAAUGACAGCAACACACCAACCAUUGAAUUUGAGCCCCAGAGCUGGCCUUUGCCUGUGUGUCCUAAUCCUCACCCAGAGAAGCCUGCAGAGACAGCUGAACCAGACAGCACAGGUUACUUGAGCUUCCUGUACCACGAACUCAUGGACAUCACGGGCAACUUUGACGACCGGCCAACAUCGGAGGGCGGGAAUUGGCUGGGGGAAGGGGGGUUUGGAACGGUGUACAAGGGUUUUGUCAACAACUUACCCGUAGCCGUGAAGAAGCUCAGUCCAGAAGAAGACAUCUUAGCGGACGAGUUACGACUUCAAUUCCGCCAGGAGAUAGAAACUCUGAAGACUUUGAAACACCCAAACUUGGUGGACAUGGUCGGCUUUUCCUGUGAUGGACAGUACCCGUGUCUGGUGUACGUCUUGAUGGCCAACGGUUCGGUUCUUGAUCGGCUGGCUUGUAUGGAGGAAAGCCCUCCUCUGCCGUGGAGCAUGAGAUGUUUGAUAGCUACAGGAAGUGCCAGAGGUUUGGAUUACCUCCACAACAACCACCAUGUCCACAGGGAUAUUAAAAGUGGGAAUAUCCUGCUGGACGACCACUUUGUGGCAAAGAUCUCUGACUUCGGGCUGACCAGAGCGUCUCCCACACGAUCGUCAGUCACCAUGCAAACAGAGAGGAUUGUGGGUACACGUGCGUACAUGGCACCCGAGGCUCUGCGUGGCGAGAUCACGCCGAAAUCCGACGUAUUCAGCUUUGGAGUGGUGUUGUUAGAAAUAAUAUCUGGACUCCCGCCAGUCGACGAAAACCGUGAAAUGCCAUGUCUGAUGGAGCUGAGGUAUGAAAUCGAAGACGAGGAUGAGGAUCUGACCUUGGAGGGCUUCGUGGACAAGAAGAUGAGGGACGCAGGCAUGGCCCAGGUGGAGAGGACCUACACCCUGGCCUGCCAAUGUCUCGAAGACAGGAAGGUUAAACGACCAACCAUCAAACAGGUCCUGGCAGAGCUGGAGGAUGUCAGCAGAGGUUUUUCUGCUGCAGCAUCAGGCACUGGGAGCUGAGCCAUGACCUGCCUGUCAAAGCUAAACCCCUCCGAUCCUGACCUGGAUGCAAAUCUAUCUGCCCCUGAAACUGACUUUAUUGUGCAGUGUUUUGACCAGGGAUGCACCAAUCAGGAUUAUUCAGGCUGAUAACGAUUUUUUAUGUGCCAUCAGCCAACAUGGGUGAUGCCAGAUAUUUUUGCGCUUUGCCUGUCAGAGGCUUCAGUCACAAGCCGUGGGGUCCAGCUACAGCAGAUGUCUCCAGUGAGAUGCAGGCAAGCUUUGGCAUGAUGGCCAUUUAUAUGGUUAAGUGUCCUAGCUUGAUUGAGAGAUAGGGCCAUUUAAAGAGGACUUGUUAAAUGUUAAAUGCAGGACAAACGUUUAAUAAUUACCGAGCAUCUUACCCUCAAUCCGUCUUGUGCAGUCUUUUGAGUUCUGUGAUCAGCAAAUUAAUACUUGAUCACGUGCAAUAUUGAUCAUUGGCCGAUCGAUCACUAAUUUGACGCUUAUGUUCACAUUAGAUCCUAGCCCCAAUAGUGUUCAUAGUUGUUUGGAAUGUUUUUCCUCUCAUGCACUUUGACACCAUUGAAUAAUAAUAUUCAAUAUCAUUUCUGUUAGAGAAGUUUGGUGAUUACGUUUGAAUGUAAAAUUUGAAAGUGUGUUGGAUGGUGGGAAAUACAUGAAAGUGAAUUGUGAUUCAUAUAUUGUUAGUAAAUAAGUACGGUAUUUUGUAUAGUACUUCAGCAUUGCUUUUGAACAGUCUUAUAUGUUGCCUUCAUUUAAAAAUGUGUACCACUGUAUUUGUUUUUACUAAAUGUUUUAUUAAAUGUACACAAUACAUUGAACUGUCAUACAUUGGAGUGGUUCAAGAUAUAAAAGGAAUUUUAUCAAAUCAAGUUACAAAUAAGAUGUAACGAUUGAAAAAAGGGAAAUAAAAAUCAAUUAUUGCAAUACAGUUUAAGCUUUAUCUGAACACUUAAAAUGCAAUACAUUCUAUGUGCCCACAAUGGAAGUAAAAAGAAAAAAAGGUGAUGUAAAUUAAAUAUUUUCUUUCUUUAAAAGAUCUAUGGUAAGAAAACGAUUAAGACCACAUGAUGAUAAUUUAUUUUUCCUAUUAUAUUCAUUCUAUGAAUAAAAAGGGUAACAUCUUCCCCCCUUCAAGCAAGAGGUGAACAAAGAUAUCGUUUCUAGACAAGCGGGAUAGUGACACACAUUUAGCACAAGGAACUUUCCCUUUUCUCUUUAAGAAGGGCCCCUCUUUGCACCACCGGUGGUGAUCUGUAUUGGCCAAGUCAAACCCACCAGUGAGGUCACUAGAGGGACGAUUUUAAAAUGGCUAAUGGACAUCACACCCAGUGGCUUAAAGUUUGGUAGGACUUCACUCUGCAAUGGGCAGCUUGCUCCUGGAUGUAUUGCAGGAUAUUAUUUUUGGAAGCAUCUACUACUAACCCCCUCCACUCAUUCUCUAUCGACACCUACAAAUCACCAGCACAUAGACAAGAUUUUCUAGAUCACGGAUCACACACGGCUACAGUAUGUACAUUUACAGCACUUGCAUAGAAAAAUAUGCUUUUCAGCAGAUGUGUAUUAUUUUUUGUUUGUUCCCCGUGUAAACCUGUUGUAUAAAAACAGUUUAAAAAAACUGAAUACAGGACAAAGUGGAAACAUCGAGUAAAUUGUGCACGCUAUUUCAAGAUCCUUUGCAAGUCUUUUUUGCAGUCAUAUAACAUGAAUGCCACGCAAUGGAAUGCAAGUUAGGAAUUCAAGCAUACUGGCGGAUAAGGGGAAGUGUUUUU